GCCUCGCGCGGGGAAGGACCGGAACUCCGGGCGGGCGGCUUGUUGAUAAUAUGGCGGCAGGAGCUGCCUGGGCAUCUCGAGGAGGCGGUGGGGCCCACACCCGGAAGAAGGGUCUCUUUUCGGGCUAGUGCGGCGGCCGCUGCGGCCCCGGAAGUCCGGGCCGGUUGCUGAAUGAGGGGAGCCGGGCCCUCCCCGCGACAGUCCCCCCGCGCCCUCCGCCCCGACCCGGGCCCCGCCAUGUCCUUCUUCCGGCGGAAAGUGAAAGGCAGAGAACAAGAGAAGAUCUCAGAUGUCAAGUCCAUUAAAGCCUCAAUAUCCGUACAUUCCCCACAAAAAAGCACUAAAAAUCAUGCCUUGCUGGAGGCCGCAGGACCAAGUCAUGUUGCAAUUAAUGCCAUUUCUGCCAACAUGGACUCCUUUUCAAGUAGCAGGACAGCAACACUUAAGAAGCAGCCAAGCCACAUGGAGGCCGCUCAUUUUGGUGACUUGGGAAGAUCAUGUCUGGGCUACCAGACUCAAGAGACCAAAUCAAGUCUUUCAAAAACCCUGGAACAGGUCUUGCAUGACACUGUUGUCCUCCCUUAUUUCAUUCAAUUCAUGGAACUUCGGAGAAUGGAGCAUUUGGUUAAAUUUUGGUUAGAAGCUGAAAGUUUUUACUCUACAACUUGGUCCCGAAUAAGAGCACACAGUCUGAACACAGUGAAGCAAAGCUCAUUGGCUGAGCCUGUCUCUCCAUCAAAAAAGCAAGAAACUACAGCAUCUUUUGUAACUGAGUCUCUUGACAAGAGAUUAGAGGAUUCUAGCUCAGUCCAAUUGCUUAUGACUCAACCAGAAGGAAUUGACCUGAAUAAUAGAACUAGCAACACUCAGAAUCACUUGCUGCUUUCCCAGGAAUGUGACAGUGCCCAUUCUCUUCAUCUGGAAAUGGCCAGAAGAGGAACUCUUCAAGUUUCCAUGGAAACCCAAGAAUCCUCCUCCAGACUUACAGUAGCCAGUAGAAAUAGCCCCUCUUCUCCACUAAAGGAAUUAUCAGGAAAGCUAAUGAAAAGUAUAGAACAAGAUGCAGUGAAUACUUUCACCAAAUAUAUAUCUCCAGAUGCUGCUAAACCAAUACCAAUUACAGAAGCAAUGAGAAAUGACAUCAUAGCAAAGAUUUGUGGAGAAGAUGGACAGGUGGAUCCCAACUGUUUUGUUUUGGCACAGUCUGUAGUCUUUAGUGCAAUGGAGCAAGAGCACUUUAGUGAGUUUCUGCGAAGUCAUCAUUUCUGUAAAUACCAGAUUGAAGUGCUGACCAGUGGAACUGUUUACCUGGCUGACAUUCUCUUCUGUGAGUCAGCCCUCUUUUAUUUCUCUGAGUACAUGGAAAAAGAGGAUGCAGUGAAUAUCUUACAGUUCUGGUUGGCAGCAGAUAACUUCCAGUCUCAGCUUGCUGCCAAAAAGGGCCAGUAUGAUGGACAGGAGGCACAGAACGAUGCCAUGAUUUUAUAUGACAAGUACUUCUCCCUGCAGGCCACACAUCCUCUUGGAUUUGAUGAUGUUGUAAGAUUAGAAAUUGAAUCCAAUAUCUGCAGGGAAGGUGGGCCACUCCCUAACUGUUUUACAACUCCAUUACGUCAGGCCUGGACGACCAUGGAGAAGGUGUUUUUGCCUGGCUUUUUGUCCAGCAAUCUUUAUUAUAAAUAUUUGAAUGAUCUCAUCCAUUCGGUUCGAGGGGAUGAAUUUCUGGGAGGAACUGUUUCACUGAUCUCUCAUGGCUCUGUCGGCCCUUCUGACGACUCCCAUUCAGGUUGUUCCGACAGCUCAGCUUCUCAGUCCAGUGUGAAAAAAGCCAGUGUUAAAAUUCUGAAAAAUUUUGAUGAAGCGAUAAUUGUGGAUGCUGCCAGUCUGGAUCCAGAAUCUUUAUAUCAACGGACAUAUGCAGGGAAGAUGACAUUUGGAAGAGUUAGUGACUUGGGGCAAUUCAUCCGAGAAUCUGAGCCUGAACCCGAUGUAAAGAAAUCAAAAGGAUCCAUGUUCUCACAAGCUAUGAAGAAAUGGGUGCAAGGAAAUACUGAUGAGGCCCAAGAAGAGCUAGCAUGGAAGAUUGCUAAAAUGAUAGUCAGUGAUGUUAUGCAGCAGGCACAAUAUGAUCAACCAUUAGAGAAGUCUACAAAGCUAUGACUCAAUACCUGAGAUAAAGGAAAUCUGCUUUUGAAAAAUGAGAGAACUUUUUUUCUUUUGGUUGGAUUCUUCAACACAGCCAAUGAAAACAAAGCACUGUAUUUCUUUUCACUGAUAUAUCACUGUUGUUCCCAAGAAAGAAUGACAGACAAUCCUAGACUUCCACCAUAAGCAGAGUGACAUGUAGACUUAUUUGCUGCACAUGAUGUUCACACAGUGAAAGUCAUAAAGAGACAAAGCGGUAUUGUUUACAUUACUAGAAGAAUUAGUAGUUUUUCAAUGGCAAUAACCCAUUCAUGAGAGAGGUUUCAUCCACUGGAAUAGAGAGGGACCACAUACUGUGGGAGGCAGAUGAGCACAGAGCUGAUACUUGCUGCACAUUCUGUAGCGGUAACGCCUCCCUAACAACACAGAGCAGGUACCAGAGGUGCUUUGCUUUGCUCUUAAAACAAACGGGAGUCAGCCCCUCCGCGAGCCGGCAGCUCAGAGUGGCCAUGUGGUGCUAGAAGGUUGUUUCUCUUCGAUGAAACGGGGCAAGGCUCACUGUGUAGUCUUCCUUCACAGAGGCAUUCAUUUGGAAGGAAGCUGACGUUCUUCUUCCUGUUGGUGACAGUAUACAAUUUUCACAUUUUAGUUGCUCCUGAGAUGCAGUAUACUUAAAGCUAGUCUAUCCCCUACUAACCAAAGGGUGAGUGUCCUUUACUUCGAGUAUUGAACUUGCUCCUCUGGAACUCCGUGCUCCAGGUUAUUUAACUUUCCCUUUAGAAUACCUGU